CACAGAUUUUAAAGACAAAGGAACAAAUCGCCAGUGAUUUGAAAACUUCCUUGAUUAAAUCAAUUACGAAGAAAGCUUUGUUAAAAAAAAAAGAUGAUAACAAAUUAAGGCUUAUCUGAAUUUGCACAAGCCCCGCCUUGAGGUAGUGCAAUUCCUGUCAGAUCGAGCUUUACUGUUCCCCGGUUGGUACCUAAGGUUGCCGUGUGCGUAAAUACGCACUUAACCAGUCUAAUAUAACUAGACGCCUCCCGUAUCGAUUUGGCAGGUUUCGCCUCCUUACAUACUGUACAGACUAAGAAGAUGGUAGCGUAUUACUGCCUGUAUAAUUUUAAUUGAACUAUCGGAGAUACGGAGUUGUUAAUAUAGGCUGCAUUACGCGCCCAGUUCCUUAAUACGGAUAUUUUGAAUAUGUCACCAAAGAUAGCUUGCAGGGGCACAUUGAUCAUAUUUUCAGGAAUAAAAAGAAGUGGAUUCCUUCAACAUUUUUUUUGCGUUUGACUUGAAAACUUCACGGUUUGUUCAUAGAGAACCGCCGUUCACCUGGCGCCAGACAUCUGUGCUUCCACUUAGUCUAAAGAAGUGAACGAUCCAGAGUAUGGACAUCUCGUAAGGAGCGGAACUAAGACACUCGAUUCUGGAUUGUCUUGGAUUUAAAAGACAGAAAUCUGCACGUUGUUUUCAUUUCAUCCUGUCUUAUGGGUUGACGGCUCCGCCCCCGGCCCCAGCCCCUGACAGCUCAUGGAUUACCUCACGGAGUACGGCUACAAUGAGACGCUCUACGAGAACGCCACCGAGGGCCUCAACGGCACGGAGCGCGGGCACCGGCACCAGUACAACUACUACGCCAUGCUCCUCACCCUGCUCAUCUUCGUCAUCGUCUUCGGCAACGUGCUGGUGUGCAUGGCUGUCUCCCGGGAGAAGGCCCUGCAGACCACCACCAACUACCUGAUCGUCAGCCUGGCGGUGGCCGACCUGCUGGUAGCCACAUUAGUCAUGCCCUGGGUGGUGUACCUGGAGGUGGUUGGUGAAUGGAGGUUCAGUAAAAUCCACUGUGACAUCUUUGUCACUUUAGAUGUGAUGAUGUGCACUGCCAGCAUUCUGAAUCUGUGUGCCAUUAGCAUUGACAGGUACACGGCAGUGGCCAUGCCUAUGCUAUAUAACACCCGGUACAGCUCCAAGAGGAGGGUAACAGUGAUGAUCUCAGUCGUCUGGGUCCUCUCUUUUGCCAUAUCCUGCCCCCUGCUAUUCGGCCUGAACAACACAGCCACCCGCGAUGAUUCCCUGUGUGUAAUUGCGAACCCUGCCUUUGUUGUGUACUCCUCCAUCGUGUCCUUCUACGUGCCCUUCAUCAUCACCCUGCUGGUGUACGUGCAGAUUUACGUCGUCCUUCGAAAGCGUCGGAAGCGCGUCAACACCAAGCGCACUUUCCACGGGCCCGACGGUGACGCUAACGCUACCCUGAAGGGAAAAUGCACCAACCCCGAAGAUGUGAAGCUGUGCACGCUGAUUGUGAAGUCCAAUGGGAGCUUUCCUGUCAGCAGGAAGAAAGUGAUUUUUAUUCAGGAGGUAGUGCAGAGGGGAGAGGACAUGGAACUGGAUGUGCGGGCCGGUGCUAACCCCCCAGAGAAGAAGAAGCCAGCCCCCACCAGCUCUGCCAGCCCCUUGCUGUGCAUGCCAGAACCUCCAGACCCCUGCCCCGGCUUGGCACCCCCCUCCGUGCCCGAAAGGCCUCUCAAAGCGGAGAAAAACGGGCACGCCAAGGAGGGGCGCCCCCCCAGAAUUGCCAAGGCCUUCGAGACCCAGGCCCUCCCCGAUGGCAAAACCCUCUCGUCCGUCAAGACCCUGAGCAAGAGGAAGAUCUCGCAGCAGAAGGAGAAGAAGGCCACACAGAUGCUGGCCAUCGUGUUGGGUGUCUUUAUUAUAUGCUGGUUGCCGUUCUUCAUCACGCACAUUUUGAACACUCACUGCACAAAGUGCAAGGUUCCAGCAGAGAUGUAUAACGCCUUCACGUGGCUGGGCUACGUGAACAGUGCAGUCAAUCCUAUCAUCUACACCACCUUCAACGUGGAGUUCAGGAAAGCCUUCAUCAAGAUUCUACACUGCUGAGGGGACAACCUAUCAUGGAGCCAUCAUGGAGGGGACGAUCAAGUAUGGAGCCAGAGAGCCCCCGGGUUUCUGCAGAAUGCCCUGACGUGCCGGACCCUAACUUUUCAUCAAACUUCAGACAAUGUUAAUAGAGGGACAUCUCUACAUUCUCUCUCAAGGAAAAGGUGAAUACAUUUUUUGAUGCAGUAAUGCUUGGCGGAAAGUUUUGUCUUCUGUCAAUUGACUAGAAGAAGCCCACCUUUCCGUGUUAAGGACAGGUGUUAUUAAAUUCACAUUAGGCCUUUGGAUUUCAAGAGUGGUUUCCGUGGGACUAUUUUGGUUGGGGAACGUACGCUUUUUGUAUUGGACAUCCUGGAUAGUUAUGUUGUCUUGUUGCUGAUAUGAAUAGGCUGAUAUUUAUCGGUGGUUGUCUGAAUAAUUCGCUGUGUGAUAUUUUUGAGAGACCUACAACUUUCAGAGAUAACCUUUCAGUAUUAAUUAAAGACAUUUUGGACAGCAAGGAAAUGUUGAUCUAGAUGCUUUCAAGUGUUCAACAAUACAAAAAGAAUAUACACAUAAAAAUAUUUAAAAAUAAAAAAUAAAUAAUAAUGGGAUUUUAAACUGGGAUUCCACAAAAAUGGGAACUGAAAUGGAUGAAUCAACUUUACCUCUUCAUGAAGAUUGCUGAUCUAGCCAGCUGAUGUCGUACCACUACCACAUUUCCAGUGAUAUAUUUGAAUUGAUGUAUAUGCUUAUUAUAAAUACAUUAAUUGUAUAUAUUGCAAUGUUGAAUAAGCCCGUGACAAAAAUUCAAUGCAUGUUGCAUUGUUCCUUCACAUGAACUCUCAUCUUAUGAAUGUUUGUUUUUAUUGUACAAAAAUGCAGAGAAUGUACAAAAAUGAAAUAAUGUAUAAAAGAAAUAGUGGCUAAUUUAAAAAUGUCCUUGUAUAUUGUAAGCAUUUUAGUGUGCUUUAUUGUACCUAUUUACUGUGCAGACACCAAAAGAUAACAAAUAAUUUAACUUGCUGGACAUGAAGUGAUAAUACACCAUUUCCAUAGCAGGCACUGAAUUCAUGCAUGUAUGAAGACUAUGGUUCAGUCGAAUAAAAUAAAUUAUAAAGAUGGAGCAUUGUCUAUGUAACCACAGUACUGUUUAUUUCUCUGUGACUUUUGAAGGGAUAGUUCAGUUUCUGGGGUUUUUCGAUAUUAUUUCUUAGUGUGCUUUAAUUUGGCCUGGUGAAUUGCUGUUUCACAUGCUUGCAUACGUUUCUGAGGACACGCUGGCUAUACGGUGGCUGAGAUAGAGGCUUUUGUGGGUUCAUGAAACUUCAUGUAACUCCAAAACAGCUUGUAGAGUGACACUAGGUUUCCAAAUGUUGUACACAUGAACAGAUGAGUUGUAUAGCAUUUAUCCUCAGUUAUAAAUUCAAAUAUAAGUUUUUGUAUUGUGCCAGUACUCCUUUCCUUGACCAACGCAUGUCAGGUUUCUUGUGCCAUGGGAGAUGUUUCCAACCAAAAAUAAGAAUUAAUUAUUCAUGUCAGUUAUUGUGGUAUAAAGUCAGUGUACAAGCUCCUUUGGAAUUACUUGAAGUGCAUUUUAUUACUUUAAAAUAUAAACUCCCCAAUGCCCCAAUACAAGUCAUUGUCAAGCCAGCAGGUCAUCAUAACUUUCCAUACAUAUUUAAAAUAUCCUUCAUUGCUGACAAAAACAUACAAUAAAACUGAAUUAAUAUCUAAAAACUUCAGAAAGUGAACUAUGCCUUUAACAGUCACAUAAAUUGCCGAUGCUUCAUUGACCACCUCAAACGUUUGUCAGUUUUUUGAAUAAUGGCCCGACAUUCAGAACAACUGUUUUAUCGAUACAUUUACUGUAUCAGCACAUUUACACGGGGAAACCUUAUGUCAUCAUGUUAUUGUACCUACAGUCAGCUAUAAAGUUGAUAUUUAAAUGAAUGCAGUAAUUAUUAAGCAUAUAUGAAAUGUAUUUUUUUGAGAAAAGCAUUGUUGACAUGGGAAAACUGCAGAGUGACUGCACUUUACUGCUGAAUCUUUUUGAAUAAAUUUGAGAGAAAUUGACAUGUGCACUUCUACACAGGUGGAACUAUACAUAAUGCUGCUCUAUUGUUAAUAUAACAUAAUGGAGAUAUUACUAUGGUUCCACUGACACUAUUUUUAUGAGUGUUUUUAUGAGGCAUGAUUUCAGGAAGGAAAUUGUAUCGUGUUACAUUUGAUGAUUGUGGUACAAUCGUGAUAAAAUUUCAUAUAUAGAUUGAAUGUGGCCAAAUAUGACUUGAAUCACAUUUGAAGGUAGUCGGGGUUGGAUUCCUCCUGUAUCAGAUCUGAAUGUCAACCCUCCAACAUUUUGUCUUUCUCUAGCCGCCCACAUUUUUACGUGGAAAUUAUUUUCUCAAAAAUAAAUAAAUAAAUACAGAUCCACAAAGAAAUACAGCUGAUCCACAAAUAAAUGCAGAUGAUCCACAAAUAUAUGCAUCUGAAACCCCCCAAAAAUGUAACUGAUCCACAAAUAAAUGUAGCCAUAACACAAAUGACUUGAUGUUAGUUUUAGUGUUAACAUGCUGUGAUUAGUCAGAAUAAUGUGGGCGUUAGUGAGAGGAUGCCUUAAAGUCUGAUUGGCUGUACUAAACUCAGUGGAAAAAAAAAAACUAUUUGUGGAGGAUUGUCUCAUAAACCCACAAAUAAAGACAAGCGACAGGGAUGUACAAAUGUGAACCGGCUUAUUUCUCUUUGACCAGCUGACUUCAAAUGAGGAUAUCAUUUUAGAGGUGUUUUGAUUGAUCUACAUGAUAUGCAUAGAAACACAUAGUAUCUAAUGUAAUGUACCCCCCCCCCCCCCCACCAAGGCUCUCAUCACGCAUCGUAUGUGACAUACAUGUUUCAAAUCACACAUGACACCGGCACAUAUAAUGCAGCUUUUUCUGUGAGAAUAUGCCAUACACUGCAUGAAAAAUAUAUGGUUUAUGUAUAAAAAUGAAUGUGAAUGAUACAUUUAAAUGCAUUUAGAAUGUUAAAAUGUUUUGGCAGGUGCAGCAUACAGCACCAAGUUAAGCUGAGUGACCUUCAAACAGUUAACUGACACAAGUUAGCUUGUUUUGAGCGGAACAGAUGGCAAACUGACAGGUAAAAAUGGUUUAAUCAAGUAUAAUAAUUUAGGAUUAGUUUUCCCCCUGAUUUUUAAAAUGUUUUACUGUAGAAAUCACAUGUAGAUCAGUCAAAUGAAUGUCAGCAUUUUUGCAUAAACAAUAGCCAUAUCUGCAAGCUACGUAAUUUACACAUUACUAAAUCUAUUUUAAAAUAAAAUGGUAAUAAUGGUGAAAUCAAUGUGUUUAUUUGUGCUGCAGUUUGUAAACAGUCUGGUUAAUGUUACCCUGCACCACUCACUCAUGUGUAUUUGUAGUCAGUGAUUUGUAAAAUUUGUCCAUAUCAGAUGCAAUUUGUAUGGCCAAAAUAACAUCAAGCUUUCGUCUUGUAAGUAAAUGUUUAUAUGAGUGUGUACAUAUAUGUGCACUUGUUUUGAAUAUUGUAAAUAGUGUGUAAAUAAAAUAAGUGUUCAAAGCAA